AUGCGCAACGCAAUUGCUCUCUGGUUUCUCUUUCAUUUUCUAGCUCCCGAACGAUUGGAAGAUAUUUAUAUACGAUCCCUUUGGGUUGCGCAAAUAUAUGUAGAUGGUUUAACAAUGCAAUCGACGGUUGUAGCUGUUGUUAUACCAGAUGAAGAUUAUUGUAGAAAACAUUUUAAUAAUAAAAAUCAACAACAACAACAACAACAGUCAUUCGACGAAUUAUGUCGAAAUGAUAAAUUAAAACAAAUAAUAAUGUCUGAUUUAUUACGUUUGGCCAAACAAUAUAACUUGAAAUAUUAUGAAACAAUUAGUAAUAUAUAUUUAUAUCCAGAAUUAAUGUCUCAAGGCAAUGGUUUGAUAACAAAUACAUUCAAAACACGUCGGAUGGCAGCACGACAAUAUUUUCAAACGAUAAUUAAUCAACUGUACAAUAAUGAUAAGAAUUCUAAUUUAGAACAACAACAACAACAGUUAGUACAUUUAUCAAAGUUAUAG